GUGACGCAGCUCCGCAUCACGCUGUGACGCAGCUCCGCAUCACGCUGCACUUCCUGUCGCCUCGGGUGCAGCACAUGUUGAGGAGGAGCAGCGCGAGGAGCUUCGGAACCGAGUGGACCUGGAGAUAAAGUGGUGAAAUGACCGAGAGCAAAGCGGAGGCCGCGCCGCAGCGGCCCAGAGAGCUGCUGGCGCUGAACCCGCAGCAGGAGGCCGAGUUCAAGAACAAGGUCCGCGAGGUGAAGAAGAAGAACCGCGGCGGGAAGGGGAGCCGGUUAACUCCAGGUGUGGUGUAUGUCGGCCAUCUUCCUCUGGGGCUGUUCGAGCCACAGCUCCGGUCAUACUUUGAGCAGUUUGGGACGGUCCUGCGCCUGCGGCUGUCAAGGAGCAAAAAGACCGGCGGCAGCAAAGGAUUCGCCUUCAUCGAGUUCGAGAGCAGCGAUGUGGCCAAGAUCGUCGCAGAAACCAUGAACAACUACCUGAUGGGGGAACGGCUCAUCAAGUGCGAGGUUCUGCCUCCAGAGAAGGUCCACGAGAAGCUGUUCGUCGGGUCCCAGAAGACGUUCCGCAGGCCGACCCGGCCCGCCGUGACCCGGUACAACCGGUACCGCUCGACGGAGCAGCUGGACGCCAUGACCGGCCGCCUGCUGAGGAAGGAGUCGCAGCUGCGCAGGAAGCUGGCCCGGCAGGGGGUCCAGUACGACUUCCCUGGAUUUGCGGCCCAGAAGAAGUCGACCUCCGGCGUCCUGGACGCUUCGUCCUGCAGCGAUCAGACCACGCCCGUCUGUACGCCGUCCUUCCUGGAGAGGAGGAAGUCUGCGGUCGUCCUGGACGACGAGGAGGACAGUGAGAUCAUCCUGAAGAUGCCGGCGGCAGAGGAAGACGAUGAUGAUGAUGAUGACUGCAACAUGGAGGAAGAGGAGCACUCUGACAGCUCUGAGGACGAAGAGGAGGCCCAAUGAAGGGUUUCAGUAUUUAAGGCGGACUGGGACAGUUUCUACCUCCAGGCUGGAGCCGGAGUGACCCGAUUGGUCCAACAGAACCGGGCUGGUCCAGGCUGGCUCUGCUUCCUGCUUUAUUAUUGUUAUUGCUAUGAUGAAGAACGUGUUCUUGUCAGUCCGUUAGAGAAUAUUCUCUAACAUUGCAGCAGACAAGCGGACCGGCCCGAAAUCUGGGCCUGAUCCGGACCAGCCAGGGAAAACAUGGGCUGUGUCACAUGACCAAAACACGGACCCCCCAAAGUUCCCAAACAAACAGACCACAUGUUCCCCGCUGGUCAGCUGGUGAUCCACUGGAUCAGUCAGAACCUUCUGGGCCGUCUCAGUCAUGAUGCUGGUCCAAUGAACCCAGACGGAUGUUUUCAGACCUAUGAGCUCCAAUCUGCUGCAGUGCUAACACCUGCGCUAAUACCGGCGCCAGCAUUGGUGCUAGCAUUAGUGCUAACAAUGACGCUAACAGCAGUUUCAUGGUUAAGGCAGCUGGGCGUCGCUCUGCAGUGAGGCGGGUUUUACUGGGACAGAACCAAAGAAAGAAAAACAGGAAAAUAUUUCAGUUUAAUAAAAUACUCAGAGCAGCAGCGACCAGAUCCCUGAUCGGCCAGAUUCCUGAUCGACCAGAUGGAUCCUCAGUUUGGCUCAAGCUUGAUUAUUAAUUCAUUGUUAAAGAAUAAAACUGUUUCUGUGACACUUCAUUACAUAAGGAAUUGAUUUCAAAUUGUCUCCUGGGUAACUGAUGUAAGCCUUCGUCCCCCUGUAGGCCUUCGUCCCCCUGUAGGCCUUCGUCCCCCUGUAGGCCUUCGUCCCCCUGUAGCUUCUUCUGAAGCCACAGAGCAAUCCAGCAGUUAGAGCUCUUUAAAAAAACGAGUAAAUAUUUAAUCAUAUAUUGACUCAAAUUAGUUUACAGUCUAAUUUUAUUAUAAAUAAAAAUUGUUGCAAAUA